CUUUGGACUAAUAACGAUAAUUGCCAGAGACUUUGUGCCAUGGCUGUUGUUAACUUUCUUGCUGGAAUCAAAUUUUAUUACAUAAUGAGCAAUCUUUUAUUAUUACUAAUGUAUGGGCUAGUUCAGCAAAUUUUGUAUCAGUAAUCUUUUUUCUUCUGCUAUGCCUUUGGGUCCAAAGAUGAAACUGUGUGUACAUAUGAAGAUUGUUUAUUCCUCUCCCUGCAUUCACUGUAACUGUUAAUGUUCCUAUGGAAACGAGAAAUGGGCUUUGUGUAAAUUUCGGAGGUAUUUUUAAACAAGUCUGAAAAAAAUUGGUUAUAUGGUUUUCUGGUUUUUAAAUUUAGAGAACAUGGUGAAACUCCACGUUAAAAGAGGAGACCAAAGUUUGUUCUGGUAUGAAACAAAUACUGGCAUUAAUGUCGGAGAACUUUUGAAAGAUCUUAUAGCUAUUCAAAAUGGCAGGUUAAAAAUUGAAAGACUAUGCUUUGAAAUUGAAGAACUGUCUAAAUAUGGAGUCAGUUUUCCACCUAAUAUGCAAGGCUUGACUCCUGAGCAGAUUGCAGAUUUACAUUUAAAAGAUGAAUGGGCUGAAAAAUACCUCACUGCUGACAAUUACAUUUUAAAACCUGAUCCUGUUGGAAGGCGGAAUGGUUUAGCUCCUUUGAAGAAUCAUGCUGAAGUGCUGACAAAAACUACUGCAGAAGCCAAAACUAGGAUUUCCCAAAAAUUAGCAGAUGCUGGUGUGUGCUUAGCUAUAUCCAGUAUUAAUGAAUGCUUGGAUAUGUUAAAUGGUGCAAUAAUGAUAACAUAUCCAAUGGGUCUUCCACCAUAUGAAGUCGUCAAACAAGAGCUGGAAGGAAAAGAAGAUUUAUCUGGAACACAAGCAAGUAAAGAGGUUUUUGAAGAAGAUAAAACAGAAUUAUGGUGGGCUGGAAAGCAACUUGAAAAGACUAAAUCAUUAAGUGAAUAUAUUGGCAAGAAUGAAAAAAGCAAACUUGUUGUGAAAUUACAAAAGAAAGGCCAUGGUGCUCCAGCCAAAGAACCUGUUUUGACAGAGCAACAGAAAAAAGAUUUAAUGCUAGCAGAAUAUCGGAGACGAGAAGAACUAAAGAAACUUGAAGAUGAUGAUGAUGAUUCGCAUUUAGAUUCACAGUGGGCUGAUAACAGUCAUUUGAAGAAAUCUUUUCUUGGAUUAAAUAAAAUACGAUUCAAAUGAUAUGAUAGACUUAAAGGUGUAAUCAAAACUUUUUUUAUAUUUACUGAAUUAAUAUUAUAUGCAAAAUUAAGUAAAUUAUUCCAUACUAAAAUCUAGAACUCAAGAAAAAUGCAAGAAAUAUACACUUCAAUACAAUGAAAGCUGUCACUAUUCAAUUAUGGCAUUCCAGUUACUUUAAUAAUAUCUAUGUCACACAUAUGACAGCAGUGUUUUAAAGCUUUCUUAAGUCAUAUACAUUAUUAAGGCAAGGAAAAAAUAGACUUGCUUUUUUUUUCACCCCUCUUUUAAAAUAUCUUUUCAGAAUCAAUAUAAUUUUUGGAAUAUGAAGAAAAUAUAGAUUUACUUUUUUACUAUUCUUUUAAAAUAUCCUUUCAGAAUGGAUUUUCUUUCAAUCUAAUUCAUUAAUAAUAAUGAAUAAAUAGAUAGGAAGAAUCUCUUUUUGCAUUUUAUAUUUAAUUCUGUUAAAUUUUAGGAUAUCCUAUCAAGAAAAACUAAAAUCAGAAAUUUAAAACAUAUCAGUCUAUUUCCUUAUUGCAUCAUCACCAGCCUUUUAAAAUAUGUGUGAAUAAAAGCAAUGAAAAAUUACUUCUACCAUAACUUUUAAAAAGUGUUUUUCUCCUCAUAUAAUUAUUGAUUACUUUUCUAAUUAUAAAUGCACUCACAUAGCAAAAUACAGUUUCUUGUUAAAAAGUAUGUUAUGUAUAGUCUUAUGUUUUUGUAUAGCAUAAUGCAUGUUGAAUGCAUAUUGAUUUUAAAAGCAAAUAAAUAUAUUAAGCAGAAAA